AUGCCAUACUUACGGGCUACGUGCGUACGGAAUCCCCCUCCUCGAAUACUCAACUGCCGGAAACAAGGUCGCCGCCUACCUCCUCCCUCUGCCCCCCACGGCCGGAAAGGAGCUCCGGGCCCCGACCCCGCGCCCCGUCUCUGUGCCGCCGCCGUCGACGACGCCUCUGUGCAGCCGCCGCCGGCCUCUGCACCCGACUCCAACCUGUGCCCCCGCCGUCAACCUCCUCUCCAGACAUCCAGCGGCAAGAGUAAAGGAAUAUGCCUUCACUGCAAAAAGCUCUGCCUCCAGAACUUGCUGAUAAUGCACUCAGAACUAAAAAGGACCGGAGGGAGUAAUAGACAGGAACUGACCCUCAACAUGAGUUGUACAUGUGCGGCGAGGGGCCUUAUCAAUCACAUCAUAUACGAGUCCGAGAAGAUGACAGGGCGCAAGUUCUCGGGUUAAGACAGUUCAGUUCUUGGAUGUUCCUUUCCUUUUUUAUUCUCGGCAUACACUGUAUGAAUAAUAUAUGACCAGCUGAUGCUUCACCUUUUUUUUGCACUUUUACUGCGGUUCUUGAUGUAAUUGGCCCGCACAUGCUUAGCGCUAGCUGAUUUGGUUGAUCUUUAGGUCUCUUCCAAGCGUGGAGAUGAAGAUCUUCAACAAAUUUUAAUGCUCCAGUCAGUGUGAAAACACAUUUGAAUUAUUAUUUGCUUCUGAUCUUUUUGAGGGAA